UCUACUAAACUCUCCACCCAUGGCAAAUGAAAUUUCCAGACACAUAUUGUCCUUCGUAUUGGUUUUACUACUCCUCUCCGAGACUGUCUCAUUUGACUGGAAAAAACCUUGCAAGAGUUUUGUUCUCUACCAACAUAACAUCGCCUACGAUAGUGAUAACACGGAUAAUGCCACAUCAGCAACAAUCUUGAACCCUUUAGGACUAGGGAACUUUCUUUUCGGAAAGUUUGUGAUCUUUGACAACCCUGUAACAAUGGACCAGAACUAUCUCUCCAAACCGGUGGCUCGUGCCCAAGGAUUCAUUUUCUACAACAAGAAGUCUAAUUUCAACAUUUGGGUCGCUUGCACGCUGGUGUUCAACUCAACGCAACACAAAGGUACAUUUACCAUAAUGGAUGCGAACCCGAUAAGGGAGCCGACCAGAGACUUAUCGAUAGUUGGUGGGACCGGUGACUUCUUCAUGACUCGUGGGAUAGCUACGUUCAAGAGCGACCUCAUUCAAGGCAGUAAGUAUUUCCGUCUCAAAAUGGACAUUAAUCUCUAUGAAUGUUACUAA